GGGAAAAAGGAAUGGUGGCGCAGGAGAGUGACGGGUAGGAGAGUCUUGAUCAGUCAUUUAAGUUUCUCUCUAAAGCCGUUUCCACUCAAUCCUCUCCAGAUCUCACUCUCCGAUCUACAAAUCUCGCCGGAGAAAGCGGAUAUUAGUAGCGGCGAAGUCAAUUCCUGCUUCGAUCUCUCUAAGUCCGAUCUGGGUUUGAAGAAACAGAUAAAAAGAUUCGAUUUUGGGGAGUGGGGUGAGAAGAAUGGCGGAAUCAGGAGGAGGAGGGUGGAGAGAUUCGUAUAAAGGGAUGUCCUCUGAUAACAUCAAGGGCUUGGUGCUGGCCAUUUCCUCUAGCUUAUUCAUCGGAGCUAGCUUCAUCGUUAAGAAGAAAGGUCUCAAGAAAGCAGGAGCCACUGGCACUAGGGCUGGUGUUGGUGGGUACUCUUAUCUUUACGAGCCUCUUUGGUGGAUCGGCGUCACAACAAUGUUACUUGGUGAGAUUGCCAAUUUUGCUGCUUAUGCAUUUGCACCGGCUAUACUUGUUACUCCUCUAGGCGCUCUCAGUAUCAUUAUCAGUGCUGUCUUAGCUCAUAUCAUAUUACUCGAGAAGCUGCACAUCUUUGGAGUUCUUGGCUGCGCCUUAUGUGUUGUGGGUUCCACCACAAUCGUCCUACAUGCCCCUCAAGAGCAAGAGAUUGGUUCCGUGCUUGAAGUUUGGAAUCUUGCAACAGAGCCAGCAUUCAUGUUCUAUGCAAGCCUAAUCAUUGGGGCAGCUGUGUUUCUCAUCGUCCGUUAUGUGCCUCAAUAUGGGCAGACAAAUGUUAUGGUCUAUAUCGGUAUUUGUUCGCUUGUGGGAUCAUUAUCGGUGAUGAGCGUUAAAGCACUUGGAAUAGCACUGAAGCUGACAUUUUCUGGAACAAAUCAAUUAUUUUAUCCUCAAACUUGGGUAUUUACCUUGGUUGUACUUACCUGUGUUGUAACCCAAUUGAACUACUUAAACAAGGCACUUGACACAUUCAAUACAGCUAUAGUAUCUCCUAUAUACUACGUAAUGUUCACAUCACUAACUAUAUUGGCCAGUGUUAUCAUGUUUAAGGACUGGGAUCGGCAAAAUGGUACUCAAAUUGUCACAGAGAUGUGUGGAUUUGUUACAAUACUUUCAGGCACUUUUCUUCUCCAUAGAACCAAAGACAUGGUCGAGGGUUCACCGGUAAUACUACCAGUGCGUAUAAGCAAGCAUGCUGAUGAAGAUGGGUUUGAAUCAGAAGGCAUUCCACUUAGACGCCAAGAAUCUCUCCGGUUACCUUAAAAGCUUUAUUGCUAAGCCAGAGAGGCUCAACCUUUUUUAUUAUCUCAAUCUAUUAUGAACAUGGUCCUAACGAAUACAGAAUGUUCAAGGAGAUGGAGGAAAGUAAAAAAAGAAGCAAAAGAGGACGAGAUCUCACAUCACAUCUUUCUUAUUCUUGGUAAAUAGGCUGUUACUUGAUCAAACAUACGGUAUUAGCACACACCCACGCAUAAACCCUUUUGUGACCUUCAAGAUUUUUUUUUAUAAAACAGAGAUGGGUUGUGCUUAAAUUUGUGUUUUACAAGCAAAUAUAACUUAAAGUUUUCAAUUCAAGA